AUGGGCUCUAUUGGCGAUUAUACCACAGCGAAGGUUCAAUCUCGUGAGUCUUACGAGAUCAUCGAUGAACCGAGUCGCUCGCGUCGCAAGAUCCGAAUCAUUGUGAUCGGAGCGGGCGCCAGCGCGUUGAAUUUCGCCCACGAUAUCGACCAGAGCACACUCGACAUCGAGUUGGUUCUGUAUGAGAAGAACCCCGAGAUUGGUGGCACUUGGUUUGAGAAUCGGUACCCCGGAUGUGGAUGUGACAUUCCUUCGGUGAACUAUCAAUUCUCAUGGGCGCCCUCGCCUGACUGGACCUCAUUUUACUCGGGCGCCCCUGAAAUCUUGAAGUACUUCAAGCGAGUUGCGGACGAGCACGGAUUGCACAAAUAUAUUCGCCUCAGUCACCGAGUCGUAGGGGCAUCGUGGAAUGAACAUGACGAACAGUGGCGUGUGAAGGUGCAAAGAGGUGACAAUCCCGAUGAUGUGUUUGAGGAUCGAGGUCACAUCCUGGUCAACGCAUCCGGGGUCUUGAACAAGUGGAAAUGGCCUGCGAUUCAGGGGCGAGAAACCUUCCAGGGCCCAAUGCUUCAUAGUGCGCAUUGGGAUGACCAAGUCGAGUUGAAAGGAAAACGCGUGGCCGUGAUCGGCUCAGGAUCCUCGGCGGUGCAAAUUGUUCCAACCAUCCAACCAAAUACUGCGAAACAGAAGAAGAUACUUCAAAACGACCCUCAGAAAUAUCUGGCUUAUCGAAAGAAGAUCGAAUCGGAGCUCAAUUCACGUUUCCGAUUCAUCCUCAAUGGCUCGGAAGAGCAGGCCAACGCAAGAGCGUACGCGGAGAAAGACAUGCGAACCAAGCUCGCCAGUCGGCCCGAUAUCGCUGACCACAUCGUGCCCAAGGACUUUGCCGUGGGUUGCCGUCGGCCUACUCCCGGAAACGGAUACCUCGAGGCACUCUGCAGCGACAAUACCGAGGUCGUUUCGCAGUCAAUCGCAGAGAUCACCCCCAGGGGGAUCAAGACCACCGAUGGUGUUGAGCAUGAAGUUGAUGUGAUUGUGUGUGCCACUGGAUUUGAUGUCAGUUGGCGGCCAUCGUAUCCUACAAUUGGCAGGGAAUCCCGCAGUCUCAGUGAACAGUGGAAGGACAUCCCAAGGACCUACCUUUCCAUCACCGUCCCGAACUUCCCCAACUAUCUCAUUUUCAACGGCCCCUUCGGCCCAUACGGCCACGGCAGCUUCCUCCCCAUCACAGAAACCCUGUCGCGCCACUUUCUCCAGAUUCUCGAGAAAAUGUCAUCGGAGGGUGUCACCUCCUUUGAACCCAAAGCGGAGGCAGUCGCAGAAUUCUUCGAGCAUCACAGAAAGUUUAUGCCCCGCACGGCUUGGACAUCUCCAUGUCGUUCGUGGUUCAAGCAGGGCACGGUCGAUGGCGAGGUGAUGAUGUGGCCGGGGUCCAGAAUCCACUUCUUCGAAACCAUGAAGCAGCCCCGCUGGGAAGAUUAUCAUCUUCGAUACACGACAAACAAUCGAUUCGGAUAUCUGGGAAACGGGUUUGCCGCCCGCGAGUUUGAUGGAAGCGAUCUGUCGUGGUACCUCGGGACGUUGGAAGGCAAUGAGCAGGCCUAUCUUCCCGAUGAGGAGUUUACAGAUUUCAUGGUGUACUAG